AUGGGGAGGAGAGUUUCAUUGCUCGCAGAGAUAAUCAAACUCUCGCCUGUGCCUGCAAAUGCCCUCGUGAAGCUUAUCCGAGACCACGACGUGCAUCCAAGAUGGGAGGACAUUCCUCUACCCGAAGGAAGAUCGUUAAAUUCUAGCAAAUUAGCUUUUGAGGAACUGAACAGGCAAGCCGGUUUUUAUCAGCGACAUGCACCGAGCCCUUAUUCUCAGCAAGCCACGCAAGCACAAAUUCCUCAUACCAUUCCACGCAAACGACAACUUCCCGGUUCCGAGGCUCUGAUGACUUCAAGCUUCCCAGCCAUUCAGCCCAAGCCGCCAGGAUUGAGUCCAGCUCGUUAUACACCGGUCCCAGCAGAAGGCAGCGGCUCAAUGAGACCAUCCCCAGGUGAUUCAGCCGGCGAGCCCACGAAGAAGAGACGUGGUCGACCCAGCAAUGCCCAGAUCGAGCAGGAGAAAGCCGCAGCUGCAGCGGAAGGAAGAGAAUGGCAGCCGCGGCCCCCAAGACCACCCAGGAAGAAGAAAAGUAAGAUCGACACAGACUCGCCGUCAAGGAGUGAACCCGAUCCCGCUCCGAAACAGACUCCCCACACCCCUGAGGUAGAAAUGGUGGAAGCACAGGACGAGAGUUUGAGUGGGAAGAAGCGCCGAAGAAAGAUGAAAGAAGAUGCCACCUCAGUCCGACCUACUCCCUACGAUCCCAUCCGUCAAUCACCUCCGAUUACUGACAGCUCUGUCCACGCCUCCGAAAUAACCUCGCACGUUAGCCAAGGACCAGGAACAACACAACAACAUUUCCAAGACCAGCCACUUGUGCCUAUGGCUCCCAACCUCAAUCUCGAACACCGCCACUCAACACCACAAACACAUAUGUAUAGUGACACCUCUCAGCACAUGCAGACCGAGGAAUGA